UCGGGAGGGCUAUUGUCUUCAGCCUCAUUACAAUUAAAGUUGUGCGAAAAGAAGCUCGACCAAACUGUAAAACUUUGCUGCGGCUCCAUAGCAGGCUUCUAGAGAUAUGCUCGUUUCUGCAGUGCGCGUGCCUCGCUGCUUCGACUGUGUGGUGUCUCGUUGCGGCGGACUCCUCGCACGUUCUGCGGUGGCCUGUCGCGUUCAAGAGACCAGCGCGCGCCUGAGGAUCUGCCGAUCAUUGUGCGUCCUCAGGAACACCGCAAUGUCUGGCGAGAGCCGAUCAGACCGCCUGCCUGCUAAUGUUAAGCCGGUGAACUACAAGAUUGAGCUGAAGCCCGACCUGAAGAAGCUCGCAUUUGACGGCCGAACAGUCGUGACAUUACAGAUCCUAGAGUCAAGUGAUGUCUUCGUCCUCAAUUCACUUGACCUGGACAUCAAGUCUGCCGAGUACAUUUCCGAUGAAGGAAAAGAGCACAAGGUGAGCAGCAUUGCCACAUCCAAGGAAGAGGAGAGGAUCACAAUAAAGUUUGACACUGUGCUCGCCCCAGGCACAGGAAAACUUGCGAUUUCCUAUUCAGGUGAAAUGAAUGGAAAGUUAAAAGGCUUUUACUGGGUGAAAUAUAAAGGACAAAAUGGUGAAGACAAGUUUGGAGGUGUUACUCAUUUUGAGCCAACUGAUGCCCGUCGAGCUUUCCCCUGCUGGGAUGAACCAGCCUUGAAGGCGUCCUUUGAUCUGACACUCGUCGUCCCCAAGGGUUACACCGCUCUCUCCAACACCAAUGUUGUCAUGGACGUGGACUGUCCUGGAGACCCAAUGCUGCACAUGGUCACGUUUGCCACAACCCCGAAGAUGUCGACCUACCUGGUGGCCUUUGUUCUUGGCGAGUAUGAUUAUGUUGAAGGAACUUCAGACGACGGCGUUCUGGUCAGGAUCUACACACCCAAAGGCAAAAGCGAGCAAGGAAAUUAUGCCCUUGAGGUAGCUACUCGUGCUCUGCCUUACUACAAGAACUACUUUGGAAUUGCCUACCCACUACCAAAAAUGGACUUGAUUGCUGUACCUGACCUUGCCGCAGCUGCUAUGGAAAACUGGGGUCUCGUGACCCAUCGUGAGUCGGCUCUUCUUGUUGAUGAACAGAACACAUCUGCUGAAAGGAAACAGAACAUUGCCCUGGUUGUCACACACGAAAUUGCCCACCAGUGGUUUGGCAAUCUGGUUACCAUGGAAUGGUGGACCCAUCUAUGGCUAAAUGAAGGAUUUGCAUCUUUCAUCGAGUUCCUCUGUGUGGAUUACUUGUUUCCAAAGUAUCACAUCUGGACCCAGUUUGUUACCAACUGCUACGCUCAGGCAAUGGAACUAGAUGCAUUGCAAAACAGCCAUCCUAUUGAGGUUCCUGUACGACAUCCCAGUGAGAUAGAUGAAAUCUUUGAUGAUAUUUCAUAUCACAAAGGUGCUUCAGUUAUCAGAAUGCUCCACAACUACAUUGGGGAUGAUAAAUUCAGGGAAGGCAUGAACUUAUACUUGACGAAGCACAAGUACGGCAACACGACUACGGAGGAUCUGUGGCACUGUCUGGGUGAAGUUUGUCAUGUCCCUGUUGAGGCCAUCAUGAACACCUGGGUUAAACAGAAGGGCUACCCUGUGAUAUCUGUAACAAGCCAACAGGAUGGAGAUAACCGGGUGCUGAUGUUCACCCAGGAGAAGUUCAACGCAGAUGGCAAGGUCUCGAAGGACGGCUCUCUCUGGAUGGUUCCAAUCAGCAUCACAACCUCAAAAACACCCAAAACAAUCGUGAAGCAGUUCCUGCUGGACUCUGCUUCAUCGGUGCUCAUACUUGAGGGUGUGUCAUCUUCCGAGUGGGUCAAGGUCAACGUUGGAACUGUUGGCUGCUACAGAACCUUGUACAGUUCUGAAAUGCUAUCUCAGCUGAUCCCUGCUGUAGAAAACAAGACUUUGCCUCCAUUGGACCGGCUGGGUCUUCAGAGUGACUUGUUCGCUCUUGUGCAAAGUGGCCACAAAUCGACUGUUGAUAUCCUUCGCCUGAUGGAGGCCUAUGUGGAAGAAGACAACUAUACUGUCUGGAACUCCAUCAACUCGUGUCUGGGCAAACUAAAUCAGUUGCUUUCGCAUACUGACAUGCAGCCACUUUUGCACGUCUAUGGCCGACGGCUCCUAGCCAGCAUUUUCAGCAAGCUAGGCUGGGAUCCCAAGCCUGAUGAAAGUCACUUGGCUACCCUGUUGAGGAGCACUGUGAUUGACCGUCUAGCCCGUUUCAAGGAUCCAGAUGUCUUGGCUGAAGCCCGAAAGAGGCUUGAUGCCCACAUCGCAGGAAAGGCCAUAAUUCCUGCGGACAUUCGUGGCGCUGUGUACCAGGCAGCAGCAUCAGUUGCCGAUCGAAAGCUGUACAGUGAGUUCUUGAAGCUGUACAGAAGCACUGACCUUCAGGAGGAAAAGAAUCGACUCUCGGCUGCCCUGGCUGGUGUGACCAACCCAGAGCUCAUUCAAGCCACCCUUGAGUUUGCUCUUUCAGAUGAAGUGAAGUCGCAAGAUGCUGUCUUUGUCAUCAUCUACUGUGCCAUCACUGCCGUGGGCCGGGACCUCACGUGGAGGUUCUUCGAGAACAACAAGGAUGCUGUUAGGAAGCGCUAUGGCUCUGGCUUCCUCAUUGCGAGGCUUGUCAAGUGCAUCACUGAAAAUUUUGCGACUGAGGAGAAAGCUUUGGAGAUAGAGUUGUUCUUCAGCCAGAACUACUUUCCUGGUGUGGAGCGUGUCGUCCAGCAGUCCCUGGAGAACAUCAGGCUGAAUGCGGCAUGGAUCGCUAGGGAUACCGAAUGUGUUCGGAAGUUUCUAAAGACGGCAGCAUCUUCAUCGCCAUAAAACCUUUUGUAGAACAGCUUUUCUUUAGUUUGUUUCACUCUGUGUGACAGCUUACUAGGUGUGUGCUGAAAGUUUAUACAAAGUUUAGCUUAUAUAGUGCGAGUUAGGGGUGGUUUCCCUUUUGGUUGUUUGUUUUUAUUUUACAGCAGAUAUUGUGCAUAGUGGAAGUGCUAAACAAGUUCAGUGGUUAUUGAAAGUAAAGGGCGAAAACAGUGCUUAUUGAAAGUAAAGGACGAAAGUUUUGUGUGUUAUGUAUGUGUGUGUGUGCGUGUGUGUGUGAUCUUCAUAUGUUUAGGCUUUCAAUGAUGGCAUGCAGAUCUCUACUGUGUAAUUAUACACUUCCAAUGAAAUACGAUGAAUACAA